CGUCACCACCCCUCCUCAUCACGCUCCACCGACCCGGCCGGUCCGGUCCGGUCCGGUCCCGGCUCCCGAAGUCUCCAGAACCCGAACCACCACCGCCACGCGGGCCCGCAUGGCAGGGUCACGCCCCCCACGCGCCGCUGCCUCCGGCGAGACCUCCUCUUUCCUCCCCCUCAUAAAUAUUGGUACGCCCAAGCCUCGCCGCAGAUCGACCGCGCUCGCCCUCUCUGGUUUGCUACUGCUGGUGCUCAUCGGACUCCCCGACGCCGCCGUCGCCGCCAACAUGGCCGAGGUCUGCGUCAAGGCCGCCGUCGGCCACCCCGACACGCUCGGCGACUGUCCCUUCUCCCAGAGGGUGCUGCUCACGCUGGAGGAGAAGAAGGUGCCCUACCAGAUGAAGCUCAUCGACGUCAGUAACAAGGCCGACUGGUUCCUGAAGAUCAAUCCGGAGGGCAAGGUGCCUGUGUAUAACGGUGGUGAUGGCAAAUGGAUUGCUGAUUCUGAUGUGAUCACUCAAGUCAUUGAGGAGAAGUACCCAACUCCAUCACUUGUGACCCCUCCUGAGUAUGCAUCAGUGGGAUCAAAGAUCUUCUCCACCUUCGUCACGUUCUUGAAGAGCAAGGAUGCCAGCGAUGGUUCGGAGAAGGCACUUGUUGACGAGCUGCAGGCACUCGAAGAGCACCUGAAGGCCCAUGGACCCUACAUCAACGGGGCGAACAUCUCCGCCGUCGAUCUCAGCCUGGCUCCGAAGCUCUACCACCUCCAGGUCGCCCUGGAGCACUUCAAGGGCUGGAAGGUCCCUGAAACCCUGACCAGCGUCCAUGCCUACACCGAGGCUCUCUUCAGCCGCGAGUCGUUCGUCAAGACCAAGGCGACCAAGGAGAACCUGAUCGCCGGGUGGGCGCCGAAAGUGAACCC